AUGGGGGUAAAUAAACUGAACAGUAUCCUAAAAGACAUGUGCGAGGCAGUGGGAAUUCCCCCAAAGACAAACCACGCCGGGAGAAAAACACUCGUGCAAAAGGAAAAUGGGGCAGUGUAUAAAAGUGGGACGGGGACAGGGGGACGGGGACAUCGGGACGCGUGUGUGGGGACUUGGGACUUGGGGACGUGAGACGAGGGACUUGAGGACAUCAAGUAUGGGACGUGAGGACGUGUGAAACGGGGACGCGGGGACGUCAAAUACAGGGAUGCGGGAUGUGAAUAAUUAUAGCAAAUAAUAAUUAUCACUUUUCUCGUAAAUAUGUUUUGGUGAAGCCUGACCUCCUUAGGGUCCCUCCAUGCCUGUUUAGGAAGCAAAGACUCGGCGAAGACCUCCUGCAUUGAAGAAAGUGAAACCGUUAUCCUGGUCUUCUUGCUGAUUGAACAUUGGAGCCCAAAGCAGGGUAGAGUGGGUUGCGGUUGCCAAAAAUUAUGUAGAAUAACAGCAUUCGAUUCCAAAUAAAUUUAAAAUUAAGUGGCAUAAGCGAGCUUCAAUCCCGAAGUGCUAACUCCGAAAUCCAUCGCCUGUACCGCUAAACCACGGGGAUUCAACUAUUGUAGCAAUAUUUAUUUUGUUCUAAAUAUAUUUUAGUGGCAAAACUAACAGUAAAUGCUUGCUAACAGUACUUAAAGGUCGAUUUCCACUGACGCGUUUUUGGCUAUGCACGUUAACGCAAGUAAAUUUUAAUCACAUAAAUAAGAUAUAGGCAAGAUAUAAAUUGUUGAGAUUAAACGUGAAGUUGAGCGAGAUUCUACUUUUACGCUUACGUGCGACCUUUCAUACAUUGCCUCUAUUUUUUUUGCGAACACAAAUUUUAUACACGUACGCAUGGAAAAAUUACGCGACAGUGGAAAUCAACCCUAACCCUAAUCACGAUAGUCAGCGCGCUUACUCCUAUUAUAAAGAAAUAUUUUGUGUAAACAUCAUAAGGUGUCCAAUGUGGUUUCAGAAGAUGGAAUCUAAUGUUGACCUUAAAUAACACAUUUCACGAAGAAAGAGAUAUCGCGUUUACCUCCAACUUUUGCGAUAAUUAUUCACAUUCCGCGUCCCUGUAUUAGACGUCCCCGCUUCCCCGUCCCACACGUCCCCGCGCCCCAUACUCGAUGUCCUCAAGUCCCUCGUCUCGCGUCCCCAAGUCCCAAGUCCCCACACACGCGUCCCGAUGUCCCCGUACCCUUGUCCCAGUCCCACUUUUUUACACAGCCGGAUAAUGGCGUUCCGCCAAAUCAGAUAAUACAGAUAACCGGUCACAAAAACCUACAGUCAAUAAACAACUACAGAGCGACAGAUGGAAAACAUUUCAAACAUUCUGUCAAGCACGGCGUCGACGAAUUGUGA